AUGAAUCUAGAACAAUGUGCUUUGUCUUUGCUUGAAGAAAACUUUAAACGUGCUAUGGAGAAAGCUGUAAGUUGUUAUAGCCAGUACUGAGAAUGUUGUGCAAAUUGUCACUACUGAUUUUCAUACAAUUUAAUUUUUGCACGUAGCACCUACAUUUUGAUUACAUAGUAUUUGUGUUUGGUACGUCAUUAUGACGCAGUACGUCGAAGUUUCCUACUUUUAAACCUUUACCGCACUGUAAAUCUUUAUAUUGUUCUUUACUGUGAUGUAAUUCUAUAUAUUUUUCUUUACCGUACUGUAAAUUUCUAUAUUGUUCUUUACCGUACUGUAACUUUCUCUAUUGUUCGUGUUUGUCCAUUACCUACCUAUUUCCAACCUAAUUGUAAUACAAUAUAUUACAAAUAAACCUAAGUUUUAAACCUCCAUUUCCAGAUGGCAGAAAACGACACCACUUUUCUACCUUCAAGCUCCAGCUCCCCACUCCCACCAUUACUAGAGCCCGAGCUAGGCCAGCGCGCUUCGAAAUCACCAGAAAAAUCAAAAUCACCUAGUGUUAGAAGGCGUGGGAAAGCCCGCAUCUACAAUGAAGUCUCACGAUGUUAUUCAGAGGAAGAGGUCGAGAUGCACAGUCGGGGAUGGCGAAAGUAAGUGCAGUACUAUUUUUUAAAAUACAGUAGUAUUUUUUAUUUAAAGUAUUGUUUUUAAGCACCAAUAGUGCUACUUUUUAAGGAAACGUAUUGACUACCCAUAUUAGGCUAGCAGAGGACUCGCCUAAUAUGGACUAAAAGCUAAGAGAAAGAUAGCUAGAGCUAGCGCUAAGACUAAAGCUAAGACUAUAGUCUAUGGCUAGAGCUGGAGCCAAGGCUAGGGCUAAAGCUAGGACCAAGACUAAAGCUGAGGCUACUGUCUAGGACUAAAGAUAAGGCUAAGGCUAACUUAUAAUUGCUAAAAAUUUAAAUCCCCUAAAGGUCAAAAACCAAAAAAUCAAGUUUUGUCUGAUCCCCUGAACUCUGAAACAAUUUAUCCCGUCAAAGUUUCCUUGUUAACCGAACGUAAAUCAUGCUUCUUCAAAAUCCGUCUGCUCACUUAUCUCAUAGUCGUUGUAGACAAAAAAGAGGAAUCGCCGUUUGAAACAAGCUACGCGAAAAAACUGCGACAGUAGAAAGUUUUUUUUUUAAGUUUAACAGCAAAAAACUCAAGUUUUUUGAGAAAUCUCGCAUUUGAACUUUUGGAUUUUUAAAAGGCAAGGAUAAGACAUAUAACACAUUUUAUAAUGUUUAAAGAUAGCGCCGUUCUUUUUGCAUCAAAAGUUAUAAAUGAAGCUGCCUUGGCAGUGAUCUUACGGGCAAUAUGUGGCUUUAAAAUGAUCUUACGGACGAUAUUAAGAUUUAAAGCGAUCUUAUGGACUAUAUAAGAUUUUAGAGCAAUCCUAGAAGCACUAAAACCAAUUUUUUUGAAAUUUUAAAGCCAUAAUCCCAUUUUAAACGCUUUUAUCCGCACAACACCAUUUUACUUGGCAGUGAGCUUAUGAACAAUAUAAGGCUUUAGAGCAAGCCUAGAAGUACUACAACCAAUUUGCUUGAAAUUUCAAAGCUAAAAUGCCGUUUCUAAUGUUUUUCGCUAUAUAAUGCCAUUUUGAUACAAUGAGUGUCUUCAGUACUAUAAAGUACCAGAGAAACUCAAAAAUUAAAAAAUUUUUUUUUAAAUUUUUUAAAAUUUUUUUCAAAAUUUUUCAUUUUAGAUUUCAUUUUUUUUUUUCAUUUUAAAGCAAAAUCCGCCUCAAAACUGCCACAAAACACAUUGAGAUCAGAUAUAUUACUCUUUGAAUUAAUCACGUCAUUAAAACAAAAUUUCGCGCGACUGUCUGGAGAUACGUUUCACUGAUAAUCUCGAACAAAAGUGCACAUAUUUGCGACAAGUUUCUUUUCAACCUAAUUGCAGCAAAUCUUACUGGAGUGACGAAUCCAGAUACGUGGUAAAUUGAAAAAAAAUUUCUUGACCUAAUUUAAAAUUUCAAAAAUUAUUAUUGGUCAAAAAGUUCAUAGAAAUGCCAUUUUCAUUCAUUCUUUAGCCAUUUCCUACCCUUCUCUAGCACUAGCUUUAACCUAGCCUUAACCCUAGUUUUAGCCCUAGACAUAGCCCCAGCCUAGCCCUUCCGUGCCCUGCCCUAGCAGUACCUAUAGCCAUAACCCAAGCCCAACACCAUGCCCAAUCCCAAGCUUAGCCCUACGUCAAUUAAGCCUAAACCAUAGCAAAGUAAAAUCAUCUCAUAGUACCCAUGACAUGAUUCGAGCUUGUCUUACUGUCAUUUACACUGUUUUCCUUAACUGUUCGGGUUAAAGAUAGUAACGAUACAUGUGAUAUAAUGCGUUUACUCAACUCUCUUUUGAUUUAAGUUUUAUAUGUUCGUUAAACUCUCUCUUUAAGGUACGGUAAUUGAAAAAGGUUCACCAGAUAACACAACAUUGUUUUAGAAUAGCAACCUUUCAUAAUAUUAUAGUUUGACCAACUUUCAUGUUAUUAUACCAGAGUUUCACUGUAACUUUUCUAUAUAUCUUAGCCAAUAGUUACCAGAAUAUUAUAAGUUUUUGCACAGUAACUCACAGUGAACCUAAGAAUCUUAUCACAAGCACGAUAGUUCUUAUUUUUCACAAAAAUUUUCACAAAUCAAUGUUAUAGUAGACCAUUCACCUACCUACCACAACAUCCAAAUUUUUUCAAAGCCAACUUUUUUACAAAUCUCAAGCUUUCAUAUUAAUCUUAUUACUCUCCUGACGUCACUCUUCCCUCGGAAUCAUCACAAACCACAGUCACGUUAAGACACAGUUAUUAUAAGACGAAAAAGUCUUGUGAAACCGCUGACUCAUGAAACAUGUUUUACGCUGUUGCGGAACAUGACGUCGCAAAAAUUUUUUUUAAUUUGCAAUUAGGUAACUUAAUAUCAGGUGAUUCGGUAUGAUGAGUUUUGGUUUUGAUUUUCACUUUUAUUAACCUGUAAUUUAAAAAAAAAUUAUUUGAGAACCAAAAAUUAAGACUUUUGAGACCACAGGGGGGGGAGUAUGUUCAAAUUUUUCAAAAUUUUUUUUUUUAAAUUUGAAAUUUUUUUAUGUUCAAUUCACUAAAUAGCUACUGACAAACCAUAUUAAACCAUAGAAUUUCAAAAAACUUCUCAAAACAACCUAAAACCACUAAAAAUUUCAAAAAUUUCAGGCUCAGAACCCGAAAUCUCUCCAGGAAAGGUCAAGUUCGUGAAUUUGAAUGCCCUUUAUCUCGUCGCCAUACCAAAUGCCGUAUGGGUAUGAGGAUAGAGACGCAUCUGAAUGAAGCUGACGGCAAGUUGAUACACAUUGUGUAUCAUACCAGCGACACUGCGCAUAAUCACAUGGAAGACAUUCCACCAGGUAAAUUGGUAGAAAUUUAGAAAACUUGGCCUUUCUUUAACAGUUUAAAAAACGUCAUUUCUAAAGACUUUUUGACCUACUAGGAAACCAAUAUUACCUUGAGCAUUAACAAUAAGCUAUGACGCAUCAAGAAAACUAAAAAAUACAAGUUCUACAGACCUUUUGACCCAAAAAAUCAAUUCCUAUUAUCCUGACUAUAUGACAAUAAACUUUUUGACCGUUUUCUCACUCUCACCCUCAGCCCUUACCCUUUACAGUUUCAGCAAUCGACUCUAUCAAGCCCGACUUCUCAGUUGGACCUCCCAACCUCACCCCCAACUUUUCGAAUCUAGCCGCCAUACAAGAGCGUGCACGGUCGGCCGAACAACACCGUCCUACGCCGUGCCUAAGCGAAGAUUCGAUGAUGUCCGUGGACAAUCCCGUUAUCAGUCAAAUAGGUUCUUUUGGGUUAAACGCGGCUUUAUUCGCAAUGGAUGAGCAGAAGAACUGGAUCACAGACUAUAUUAAGAGACGGUGGCAUGAUAUGAGCCAGGAGAAUCGCACUACUAUUUUGGUAAGAUUAGUGUAACAACAAAAAUACUGUAGCUACUCAGUAGAAAGACUAGAGCUAUUGAAGACAGAAAAUAAAACGCUAUUGGCCAAAAAAAUCGAAAUUUUUGUUCAAAAAAUCCACAGGGGGACCAAGUUCAACAUUUUUAAGAAAAAAAUUUUUUUUUGAAAAGGAGAAGAUAAGUAACCAAAAAAUUUUUUAUUUGAUGGACUUUGCCAUGCCCGUAGCCCUCAGUCAAUAAAAUUUCAAGCAUCUAGUCAUCAUUCCAAAAAAGUUAUAAACAAAAAUCGAAAAAAAUUUUAAUUUUCAAGUUUUUUAUAUUUUUGAAAUUUUUUAAAAUUUUUUGCCAUAGCCACGAUUUCAACCAAGCCCAAAAAAACACACACUAAAAGACCUCAUUCUACAACAAUCCUUAUCAAUAAUCCACAAUAUCCCAUUAAAAUCCUCUAUUUUAGAACACUAUCCUCUGUGACGUUACCCAGUCCAACCUCCUCAACACCCAGCCAACUCCAGUCACUCUCGCACAACCCACGCCCCAACUGAAUCUAAGUUUGUUGAGUCAAUUGAACGCUCAAGUGCUUAUGGCCAACAAAAACAUUUUCUUCAAUCUCAACCAGUAG